AACUGCAGGCAUUGGUCACUAACAAAAAAAAAAAAAGGGACAAACGCGUUAGAAAGUCAAUUAACGCGUCUCGAAUUCUUGGCGACAUACAUCCGCAUUUUGAUAGCUUCAAGUUGACACCCUGCGAAUAAUGCCCUUGUAACCUUCAAGCCCUUUAACACAAUUCUACUAUUACUCGACGAACGUACAUAUCGAUAAUCGUAAAUAUGGCCCUCAUAGUCGACAAGCAUCGUCCUCGGUCUCUCGAUUCUUUAACAUACCACUCCGACUUAUCAGAGAGGCUUCGUUCUUUGGCCCAAAGCGGCGACUUCCCUCACCUCCUCGUAUACGGGCCCUCCGGUGCGGGUAAAAAGACUCGCAUUGUUGCGACUCUAAAGGAGCUCUACGGCCCUGGCGUCGAAAAGAUCAAGAUCGACGCUCGUGUCUUUCAGACUACCAGCAACCGCAAAUUAGAAUUCAACAUCGUCGCCUCCGUUUACCACCUCGAGAUUACCCCGUCAGAUGUCGGACACUAUGACCGAGUUGUUGUCCAAGACCUGCUAAAAGAGGUUGCCCAAACCCAACAAGUUGAUCAGUCAGCCAAGCAGAAGUUUAAGGUCGUUGUCAUAAAUGAGGCCGACCACCUGACCCGAGAUGCCCAGGCGGCUUUGAGAAGGACGAUGGAGAAAUAUAGUCCAAAUUUACGACUAAUAUUGCUUGCCAACAGCACAGCCAAUAUCAUUGCGCCCAUUCGAAGUCGAACGCUCCUCGUGCGGGUCGCAGCCCCAACGGUCGAUGAGAUUGCGAGUGUCUUGGCGGAUUCGGCUAAGAAAGAGGGAUGGCCUGUUGUAGCGGGGCUACAUAAAAGGAUUGCCGAAGAGAGCGGACGUAAUCUCAGAAGAGCACUGCUAAUGUACGAGGCCGUACAUGCUCAAAACGAGAAAGUUGCAGAUGAUACGCCCAUUCCGCCGCCGGAUUGGGAGGCAUUAAUAGCACAGAUAGCCAAGGAUAUUAUGGAAGAGCACUCACCAGCCCGUAUCUUGCAAGUCCGAUCAAAACUAUACGAUCUGCUCACACAUUGCAUACCCCCUACGACGAUACUCAAGACGCUGACUUUCAAGCUCAUUCCUAUGAUCGACGAUGACUUGAAGUAUGAAGUCAUUAAGUGGUCUGCCUUCUACGAGCAUAGGAUAAGGACGGGAACCAAGGUGAUCUUUCACCUAGAGGCUUUUGUUGCUAAGUUCAUGCGGAUAAUCGAGAUGUAUUUAAUGAGCAUGGAUAUGUGAAUUAGUCUCACUGCUUCGUAGGGGG